AUGAUUAUUCAUCAAAAUAAACCAAAACCAAGCAAUUAAUUUCCAUUAACAUGGAGUUAAAAUCCUCCAUUAAUGAAUCUUGGAAGCUUUUCUCAAUAGCAACCUUUAUUGGGUGCCUUCUUUUUCUUGUUUUUCUAGAUAAUACCCAUCAAAAAACAAGAAUAUUAAAUUUUACACUAAAUUCUACUUUAUAUUAUCCUAUUAAACCUUCAAAUAAUACAUUUUAUGUAAAGGAUGAACAUAUUCGGGUUGAAGAAAUAAAAAAAGAAGUCAAUAAAACCAAAAAGAAAUGUAAUAUAUAUGAAGGCAGAUGGGUUUAUAAACCAGAAAAAAGUGCAAGUUAUGAUUUUAUUAGUUGUCCAUUUAUGGAAGAAAAGAUGAGCUGCCAAAGGAAUGGAAGACCUGAUUUUGAGUAUGAAAAAUGGAUUUGGGAAGCUAUUGAUUGUGAUAUACCAAUGUUUAAUGGAGCAUAUAUGUUGGAAAGGCUUAGAAAUAAGAGGAUGAUUAUAUCAGGCGAUUCAUUAAACCGAAACAUGUGGGAAUCUCUUGCUUGUCUGCUUUAUACUUCUGCUCCUUCUGCUACAUUUGAUGUAAAUGCUAAAGACUUAGUCUACAAGGUUUUGAAAUCUAAGGAAUAUAAUUUUACAUUUGAGUUCCAUUGGAGUCCAUUUUUAGUUGAUUUCAAUAGAAAGCAUAAAAGUGGUAAACAAGUACUUGUGCUAGACAAAGUUUCACAAAAUGCUAAGCUAUGGCGUGGGGCCGAUAUUAUGAUAUUUAAUUCAGGGCAUUGGUGGUCUCAUACAGGCAAACUCAAGUCGUGGGAUUUAUUUGAGUACAAAGGAGAAUUAUCAGAAGAAAUGUCAGUAGAAUUAGCAUACGAACGAGCAAUGAAAACAUGGGCAAGAUGGAUAGAAAAAUACGUAGACGUACAAAAAACCAAAGUAUUUUUUAGGAGUAUAUCAGCAGAGCACAAAAUGCGACAAUAUAAUCAAUGGUGUUACAAUAUAACACAACCUAUGAUGGAUGAAUCAUACGUAUCCGUAUAUCCCAAAUCAUUAAUACAAAUUAUUGAGAAAUUAAUAAUUGGGAUGAGCAAACCAAAAAUAAAUUACUUGAAUAUUACAAAGCUUUCGGAAUACAGAAUUGAUGCUCAUCCAUCAGUGUAUAGAAGCAUGAAUUGGAAGAAUAUUACCCAAAAUUUUCAAAGUGCGUUGAGUUAUGCUGAUUGUAGUCAUUGGUGUCUUCCUGGAUUGCCUGAUACUUGGAAUAGAUUGUUGUAUGCAUCAUUGUUUUAAGAAUAAUUUGUAAAUUAUAAUCUUCUAAAAGUUCAGUAUCUUUACGAAUUACAAUUACCAAAAGAUCAAAGUCUACGGUGUUUAGGUCAAAAUAACAUUAUUCCAACGAUUUUAGUGGUUGGAUUUACGUGAUUUGGACUGCAUCCUGUAGACUUUCAUAUUUUAGCGACUGUAAUUUGCAAAAACAAUAUUGAGGUUGUAAUUCGUAAAAGUCCUAAAUUUUAAGACUGUAAUUUGUAAAUUAUUCUUAUUUUAAUUUUAUGUUUUAUUAGUUUGAUUU